AUGGAUAAUAAUAAUAAUAAUAAUAAUAAUAAUAAUAAUAAUAAUAAUAAUAAUUAUAAUUAUAAUAGUGGUGAUAAUAACCAUAAUGAUGAAGACCCAAAAAUAGAAUCCCCAAUACUUUCUUGUGAAGAAGACUUUUCAAUUAUCAAUAAAACCCCAAGACAAAUUGAUGGAAUCAAAAGACAUAGUAAUAGUGGUAGUAAUGUUAUUUUGGGUAUCUCUAGAGAUCGAAUUAUAAAAAUUUUAGAAAGCAAAGUGGAGGAAUUAAAAAAUGAGAGCCUGGAACUAAAAAACGAAAAUUUAACUUUAAGAAACGAAAUCUUAGAAUUAGAAAAUCAAAUAUUAUCGCUUAGAAAUAAAAAUGAUAAUCUCAAGUAUCGUGUUGAUAAACAAAAAAAAAAAAUCAAAGAACAGGGUGAAAAGAUUGAAUCUCAAGAUAAAGAAAUUAAAGUACUUCAAAAUGAUUUUGGUGAUUUAUUCCAAAGACUUACAAAACUUGAAAAAGACACAAAUCGUGAUGAAUUAAAAGUAGUUAGCACUGCAGCAGAGUUGGGUGGUGAUGUCCAAUUGAUAACCGUAAUGAAAUUCUAUUUAGAAUAUUAUUUAAUCCCAGAAAUCAAUGAAGAUCAAGGAAAAAACUUUACUAUAGACACAUUCAAAAGCAAUGAGGUAAAAGUUAGUUCUGAUAUAAGAAGAAAAUUAGAUGUAAUCAGUACCUUAUGUAGAGAUAGAAAUAAUGAUGUUCAUGUUCAUGAUAAAAAAAUAAUUAUUAAAUAUAUUAAUGAUGUAAAAAAUGUAUAUAAUCUUUAUCCUGAAACUAAGAAAUAUAUUGAUCAAUUCAAAGGUACUGUUCUCAAUAUCUUCCGUGAAAUCAAAUCAGAUCCAGAAUUCGGUCUAACAGAAAAUAAUAAAUAA